UAGGCCGCUGGGCGCCUGGCGAGCCGGCGGGACGGAGGGAGCGGCCAGACUGGUGCGCCGCAGGGCAGGCCCUGGGAAGGGGGGCGGAGCCCGAAGCGAGAUCACGGCGCCUGGUGGCCACCGCGAGGCCGCAGCGACAAGCGUGGAGAGCGGGUCGGAGCCGGAGCCACGGGAGCCGCCGGUCCUCAGCCAUGUCCUACUGCCGGCAGGAAGGAAAGGACCGGAUUAUAUUUGUGACCAAAGAAGACCAUGAGACGCCCAGCAACGCUGAGCUGGUAGCCGAUGACCCCAACGACCCCUAUGAAGACCACGGUUUGAUACUGCCCAACGGAGACAUUAAUUGGAACUGCCCGUGUCUUGGGGGAAUGGCCAGUGGUCCCUGUGGAGAACAGUUCAAGUCGGCCUUCUCCUGUUUCCAUUACAGCACAGAGGAAGUCAAGGGUUCAGACUGUGUGGACCAGUUCCGGGCCAUGCAAGAAUGCAUGCAGAAGUACCCAGACCUCUAUCCCCAGGAGGAGGAUGAAGAAGAGAAAGCGAGCGAGGGCGUGGAGGAGGCCACGGCAGCGGCCACGGCAGCGACCGCGGCGGCCGAGGAAGCUCUGACCAAAGAGGAGGGGUCCAGCUAAUGAAGCCGGAUGGAGGCGCCCGUCUCCUGCCUUUGCCCCUCUCGGAGAGACACGGACCUUAUGCAAAGUGUCUCUCGGGGGUCUUCACAGAAAGUCUCUUACCUUUUCAUGUUUUGUGCACUGCAUAUGAAAUAACUUAUUUUGAUGGGCAGGGGCCUCAACCCUGUGAUACAAACACUGGAAAAAGAUGGGAGCUCUGUGUGGGGGUGUACAUGUGUGUGUGUUUGUGUUGGUGUACGUGUGUACCGUGUAAACCUCUCAGCAGACGUAGCUGCCGCUGCUUUUGAAUUCUUGUCCAGAGCACCCCGAGUCUCACCACUUUAUUUGAAAUGACAGAUUAAAGGCUUCUCAGCAGUCCCCAAACCACUGUUCUUCAGGUUCAGACCAAGAGGGGAGGCGUGCUGGAUUCAUUCGUUCUAUUGAGGUCCCUUUUGUGUGUGUUUCAUAGUUCACGUAGGACUUAUGCAAAAAACAAUAAUAUCAAAGAGAAAGGACCAUUUUCAGAGAUGAUUGAUUUUUAAGACAGAAUCUCAAAUUUAUGUUGUGUAAAGGUACUGAUUCGUGAUACAUUUACAUCGGGAAUAGAUAGAUAUUAUAUAUAUACACACACACACAUAUAUAUACUGCUGAUAGAGUCUGGGGGGAAAUGGCUUGGGUGGGAUUUUUUGUUUGUUUUUAAUUUAUACAUUGAGCUCUGGUUUUCAUAUGUUUUUGAAAGUGUAGAUGUGCGGGUACAUCAGGCAACCUCUGACUCUUACAAAACAAAUGCAAAAACAUGUUUAUCGCUGUUCCUUUACUGUUGAGAACACCCCGGUUGAGGACCCCUUUGUUAAUGCCUGUUCCAUCUUUACCAGUUCAUACAGAAUGCCCUUGGGAAGUGGAGACUGAGCUGUUACCUGGAGUAACAGUCUUAGAGAAAAGAGUAUGACUUCAAGUGCAUAUUAAAAGAAAAAAAUAUUUUUACCUGC